GGGUGUGGAGAGCAGGGGGGGACCAUGGACUUCAUCAGCAUCCAGCAGUUGGUAAGUGGAGAAGGAGUUGGAAGAAAAGUGUUGGAAUGUGGACAUGGAGGUCCUGAUCCUGGAGGCCGGCCUACUUGCUGGAGGCUGGGACCCCAAGAGGCUGCAGCCCGGGAAAGGCAGAGGCUGGAAGAGGAGAAGAAGAAGAAACUUGAAAGAUUUAACAGUUCCAGAGUUAACCUGGAGAAUCUGGCCGACUUGGAAAACUUGGUUCAAAGACGAAGAGAAAAGCGACUGAAACUGAAACUGAAAUGCAGCGUCCCCCCCAGCACACCUGAGUGGGUGGUUAAGCCGCAGUCCCAGGCCCAGCUGGGGCCUGUGGACCUGGAGAUGUUCCUGAAGGCAGCUGCUGAGAACCAGGAAGCCCUGAUUGACAAGUACCUGACAGACGGCGGGGACCCCAACGCCCAUGAUAAGCUCCACCGCACCGCCUUGCACUGGGCCUGCCUCAAGGGUCACGGCCAGCUUGUGAACAAGUUGUUGGAGGCGGGUGCUGCUGUGGACGCUCGGGACUUGCUGGACAGGACCCCUGUGUUCUGGGCCUGCCGUGGAGGACACCUGGACAUCCUCAAACAUCUGCUUAACCAGGGAGCUCAGGUCGACGCCCGGGACAAGAUCUGGAGCACCCCCCUGCAUGUGGCUGUGCGCACAGGGCACUGUGACUGCCUGGAGCACCUCAUUGCAUGUGGAGCCCAGAUUAACGCGCAGGACAAGGAGGGGGACACGGCACUGCACGAGGCUGUGCGUCACGGGAACUACAGAGCCAUGAAGGUGCUGCUGCUCUACGGAGCCCGGCUGGGCGUGCGGAACGUGGCUUCCAUGACCCCAGUGCAGCUGGCUCGGGACUGGCAGCGGGGCAUCCGGGAAGCACUGCAGGCCCACGUGGGGCACCCCCGGACCCGAUGCUAGCGAUGACAGCAGACCUGCAGGGUCACCGCGCCACCAUUCCAUUCCCUUCCUCUCCCAUCCUUCCAUGACUAAAGCCUCUGCACCCCUGCGGUCCCGACCUCAGUCCCGACUCCUCUCAGGGCGUUUCCUCCAGCCUCCGGGGCCGCCCCGUGGAGGCCGAGGAGCAGCUCCAGGCCCUGCAGGUAGACAAGCAGGCUCCCUGGCUUCAUGUCUCAGGGGUGACUCAUUCCCUGCUAGGGCUUGAGCUAAGGGGCUGAGGCAGAGGACCGCGGGUAAGAGGAAAAGUGGGUCCAGACAAGGAUGGAUAAUGGGAGCCCAGGACGGAGCAGAAAACGACUCUAAGCCUCGAGCUACCACGGGCUGGUGCCAGAUCCCCUCAGUGUCCACUGAGCCCAGUCUGGGAGACGAUCAGCCCCUGCCUCCACGGGGCCAGUCUCCCAUCAGGUGGUGAUUCAGGGCAUGGCUAACAGCUACUACCAGAGACCUACAAAGGCAACUGGAAUCGGCCACGAAGAGGCUAGGCCCUUCUGCAGCUGGCCCAGGCCCUUGGGCAGGGGUUUCUCCAGGCAACUCCAUGCCUAUCAGCAGCAACCCUGGUAGGGUCUGGAGUGGCUUUACAUACCUUUGGUCUUAGAGACUCUGAUGUUGGGCCUGGCCAUCUGGAGGGGGCUGUUCAACAGGUUUGAGGCUCCUCUGCCACAGAAGUCCAGUACCAACCUGGUUGCCCCAGAGGCUCUUAGACCAAUGAUCUGGAGCUCCUAUUUCUUUCAGGGAAACCCGUGCCCACUGGCUUUCCUUGUAGGGGCAAGUGCCUGGGUGCUGGGGUUGCUUGUGGCCCACUCAACUUGGGGGCGGUGGCCCGUAACCCCACUUCGCCUCAGGCCCUACUACUGCCCUGGGCUUGAAGCCCUUCCUGGCUCCUAUAGCUGCUGCACCUGCUUGCUCUAUCCCCUAGAGCAGGACACUGAGGCCCUCCGCCCAGCCAGGAAGCAGAGGCGGGUUAACCAUCUGCUAAUUGGUGGCAGUUCUAAGACCCAACUUUACACAGGCUCUUCUAAAAGUUCCUUCCUCUUUCCUUAUCCAUUAAGUUUCAAGCUGCACCGGUGUAGACCUGUACUACUGGCGAAGGCUGGGUCCUUACAAGCCAGUAAGUGAAUCUUAAGACUGUGCCCUGAACUGGGAAACGGGCCGAGGGCUGGGCUGACACUUUCGCCCUCCUCAUGUGCGUGAGGUACCAUUUCGGAGCACUUAUUUUUAGCCUGACUUCAGAGGCCCUCUGAGGCCCAGAACAAGGCUGUUUUUCCUACGUGAAGAAACUGACCAGGGCUCCCCACCAGGGGCCACAAAUACACACUCCUCCACCUGGGCAGCUCCUGCCCUGUGGCAACAACCAGAGCCUAACGUGGCACUGGAGGCCCAGGAGAAAUAGGUGUUCAAGUCCAUGGAGUAGACAACUCCCCAUCUAGAAAAUGGGGACACUUAAGAGACAGACAGAACCACCUUUUUAUACAGAUCAUAACUUUUUGUUCAUUAAAAUUGG